UGCAGUGCGCGGAGAACAGAAGCAACACAUCUGUGUUCGCAGCAGACGGGCAGACACUUGAGGACUUUGAACUUCUUUAACGCAUUUAUUUUUCACAAGGCUCUAGUCUUGGAAGAUAAAGCAAGCUUUGAAACGGGAAUUUGAAGCAGCGCUCGUGCAGUAAACAGCUAGCUUGCGUAACGUCGCCCGCAAGCGAUAACGUUAUUUCACGUUAGUUAACUUUACCUCAGAUUAUUCGCCAUUUUUACUCUGCGUCAGGAUUUACCUGUUUACCUCUGCUUUAGAUACAUCUGUCGUACCAGAAAAGCAGUUCAUUCGCUUAUUCUAUUUUUGUUGCUUAAAAAAAAACAAAAAAAACUUUGCCCCCUUUGAAGAGAUGUCCACCCUGCCCACCAGCAGACCUGAGAAGGGCAGACCGGAAGUGGCCUCUCCCCCCAAGAACAUCAGUCCUCAGACAGUCUACGUCAUACUGGACACAUCGGCUGAAUGUGUCAAUCUGAUCAGCGUUGAACCUCUUCUUCCUGAGUCAGGAAUCGUGGCGGAUAUUGAGGUGGACUUCACCACGGAUUCAGACAGUUUCUAUGAGCUGAAGAGUCAACCCAUCACCCCGAGUGGCUCUCUGACCUCUGCUGACCCCGUGACCCCCGUGAUGACGUCACGCGUGUUGAUGCGGCAGGAGCUGAUGCGACAGCAGGCUCAGGACCAGGAGAGACGGGAGGCUCAGAAACAUGCCUCCAGCGCUCAGCAGCGUUCUGCCGACGCCACACCUGCCAUCUCGGUUAACUCCAACGUGCCCGCCACGCCCACCCAGGUGCCCGUGGAAGUCCUGAAGGUUCAAACUCAUUUAGAAAACCCAACAAAGUACCACAUCCAACAGGCUCAGAGACAGCAGGUGAAGCAGUACCUGUCUCACACCCUCGGCAAUAAAUUACCCAAUCAGACCCUGGUGACAUCACCCUCGCCCCAGGCUGGCUCCGCCCCAGAGCUGGCACCCGCUGCCAGCAGCACCCCCAGCAGCCCGCUGGCUGUGCUUAGCCUGGGAUCAAACAAAGAAGAGAUCGAGGACGUCAUCGACGACAUCAUCAGCCUGGAGUCAAGUCUAAACGAUGAAUUUAUGACGUUGAUCGACUCGCAACUUCCUAACACGCUGCCGGUCUCAGGAAACCUCCUGGAUGUGUACAGCAGUACAGGGAUGGCAGCGCCCACCAUCACCGUCAGUAACUCCUGCCCUGCAAACCUUCACAACGUCAAACAAGAGCUCAGCGAUAAUGGUCAACGUUUUCCAUCAUCUCAGCAUAUAGAUGCCGAAGCAAAAGCUUUUAUAAAAGAGAGGCAGAAGAAAGACAACCACAACCUGAUUGAGAGAAGGAGAAGAUACAACAUUAAUGACCGCAUUAAGGAACUCGGCGCUCUCAUUCCAAAGUCGUCUGACCCUGAGAUGCGCUGGAAUAAGGGAACCGUCCUGAAGGCUUCGGUCGACUACAUCCGUAAGCUGCAGAAGGAGCAGCAGAGAGCCAAAGAAAUGGAGAUGAGACAGAAGAAGCUGGAACACUCUAACCGUAGCCUGCUGCUGCGAAUUCAGGAACUGGAGAUGCAAGCCCGUCUCCACGGCAUCACUUCGUCUCAGAGCUCAGAAGCUUCCCUCACUCAGCAACAGGCUUUAACUCUGGACCCCAAUCCCAGCGAUGACCUCCUCUCCAAAACUCUACUGUCUCUCAACGGGACGGGUCUUAACCAGAUCACUCCCUCUUCAUUCUUGUCUCCGCCUUCUUCAACCUCCUCGGUGGGCGGGGCAGUUACUAGCCCUCUGGACCUCGGGACACUCAGCUUUGGCGAGUUAGAAGACCCCGGUUCCUCAGUGUUUAACUCCGCCCUCAUGGCAGAAAUGGGCUUGGGGGAUAUUCUGAUGGAUGACAGUGGCGCUCUGUCGCCUGUAGGGGGCGCCGAUCCCUUACUUUCCUCAGUGUCCCCGGGAGCCUCCAAAACAAGCAGUCGUAGAAGCAGUUUCAGCAUGGAAGAGGACUUGUGACAACCCUAAACCCAGACAGGAGUCACCUAAGGGGGAUUUAAAUAGAUAGAGCUGCUAAGCAACCCGCCGUCUCCAUUCCUGCUCGCUCACUCCACUGAUGGCCAGUAGAGGACAAAGGUCAUUUAAUAAUCAUCGUACUGUAGACGUCUUGUAAACAAAACCGCACGUUGUGAACCCUCAGCAUUACAUUUGAUCUGGCAACAGAGGGGAGAGUUCUGGAGCGGACGUUGGAUGUUCAGAGAAUCAUUUAUUAUCAAGACAUCUGAUGGAUAUGUAUCAGAAUAUAUGUACAAACAGUAGAGAUCUAGUGCUGAAUAUCUAUUUUGUGUUUUUAUUAUGGUGUUGUGUGAAAAGUAACAAGCACUAUAAUCAUUUUUUAGAUAUCAUGGAAAGAAAAUGCCUGAAUGGCAAAUAUAGGAUGUGGAUUUUAGACAAGUUCAUUACCUAUGUAAGGCAUCAUCUUUGAAUUGUUUUUGCAUCUGAAACUUAGUCAAAAAGUUUGUUAAAUCUUGAAGUUAAGGUUUUUGAAUGUCUAUGGUCACAGAUGUGAUGUCAGCAAAUUUGUGAAAAAUUCGAUUGACUCUUCCAGUGGUCAUUGUUUUACUCACUCAUCAGAUAUGAAAGGGACAGUUUAAUUUUUUAUAUCAGUUAAUGUAUGAACGCGCUCUUGUACGUCAGUGCGAUUGCUCAGUGUGGCUGUAAACUUUUUCUUAAAUUCUGUUCAUGUCCUCAGGAAAACCAACAGAACAUCCUGUUCACCUCUUCUUACAUUUCCUGCUGGAAAGUUUUUAAUAUUCUAUAGCUGACGUUGAUUGCGGAGUGAUAGCAGUUUCAUGUAGAGACGGUUAAAGCUUAAAAAGUUGUGUGUUUUAUUUACAAGACCACAUCACUAAGUGCAACCCCUUAAAUAAGAACUUUCUUGAAUACGUAGAAAAGCUUGUAGCCCAAAAGUAUGCUAGAAUAUUGUGCUAAAAUCCAAACCGUCAUUUCUCUGCACAGCACAAAUGAAUUUGUUUUCAUGCUGUACUGGCUAAUAUUGCAGACAUGCUUGAAGAAUUGAGACCCAAAACAUUUAGAUCACUUGUUAUGUACUGAAUUGUCUAUGCAAGUACUUCCCUUCUGAAGUACAAUAUGUAAAUGUAAACAGACAAACGUCACUUUUAAAGAGAAGAACCUCUAGUCUCAACCAGACAGAAAAUAAUCAUUUUAUUGAAUCGUCAAACCGUCAUCAUGCUUUUAAAUGUGCUAUGGCAAUCCAAAACAUGUCAUAAAUAUUUUAACAUGAUCCAAUUUAUUACUUAACAUACUCUUCUGUAUUGUUUAAACAGCUUUUUAAUGUUUAUUAGAUUGGUUUCACACAUUCUGUUGAGCGCUUCCUUUUAAUGGUUUUGGUUUUGACCAAUACGUUUGUAUAACAUUGUUACAAACACAUGAUGUUUAUAUGGCAGAACAAUGAGUUUUUAUAUGAACGAAAACACACAAAGAGCUUUUUUUUGUGUGUUUGUGUGUACAAAUAGCAUCAGGGGAAACAUCACCUUAUCUAUGCCAUGUAUGUUGUGCCCUGGUAAAUAAUGUAUAUAAUAUAUAUUGAAUAUAUUACAUCCUUGUGUAGCACAAAAACUAACAUCUGUGUAGAUUUUUUUAAGAUUAGUCUCAACCACGUAUAGCGUUCCUUCCACAGAUCAACCUAAAAAACUUGUGUUUAACGUCACACAAAAUACAUUUUCGUGGCUGUUUUCAAAGAAUGUAUCUGGCUGGGAAAUAGAUUUUCUUGGAAAAAAUAUUUAAAAGAAGCUUUUUAGAAAAUGAAAGAACAGAUGCCAUCAAGUAAAUACGUUCUCAUGACUGUCACAUCUAUGUAAUGUCAAUCUCUCGUGCUUGCACGCGUUUGAAUUGUGUUGUGUUAAAGCUUCAGGGUGGUUUUGACACUGUUGUCUUCGUAAUGCACACGUGUGUUCACACGAGACUACAGCUGUGAUGUUCAGCACUAAAAAUGCUCAGAGCUGCCUGAAUCACAUGGAGUCUCUGUGUUCUUUUGAAUAUUUCCUACUAAAUGACUGAGGAGUAAUCUGUGUGCCAUUUUGAUCUCUCUCGUGUGUUUUUCAGGUUGUUAAAAUGUCCCAAACCCAUCCGUUAUGUGGUCUGUGCUGUAUUAAAGCAUUAUCUAUAUAAUGAUCAACGCUUUCGCAAUACACCGCAUAUCUGUACUGCUUUAAGUAGAGCAGAAUUAGGUAAUGUUUACAAUCAUCUCAUGAAUAUUUUCUAGUUUUUUCCCGUAGAAGUCCAGACUUAAGCAAAGGGAACAUGUGUGUCUGUUCUGUAUUUCAGUAUUUCUACAUUGUUUGUGGAUGUUUAUUCCUGUGUUUUUUUUUUUACCCCGAGCAACAGUUACACAGAUUACUGUCUUGUCUAUACUCUUAGAGCAAAAGUCUAAAUAAAGUUGUAAAGCAGAUUUUGUAAGAGUU